AUUUAAUUUAGUUGUUUCCGUUGCGUGCAACAAAAAAAGCGAAACUCUCGUCGUUUACCUUUUAUCACUUUUCACGGAUCCUUCUCUCUCUGUCUGUCUCUCUCUCUCCCCCUUCUUCUUCAAACCAUUUCUUAAACACUCUCAUUGAUCACCAAAACCAAAAUCAACCCAAACACAAAGCCAUAAUCUCCCAAAACCCAUUUCCAAAUUCGAAACUCCACAAUUUCAUUGCAGAUCUUCCGAAUCUGGCUCCGAACUCUCCAUGUUUUCAUGACCAUGCCACUCCUUUGACUUUGACUUUGAAACUAGAAUCAGAUUAGGCAGAGAUUCCAUGGGUCUCUGCGUUUCAAAGGCUCAUUCCGAGUCUCUCUCUCCUUCUCACAACAACAAUUCCAAACAAGAACCAGAAUCAGCAUCCGUCAAUGGUGGCAAGAAGUCCCCGUUCUUCCCGUUCUACAGCCCUAGCCCGGCUCACUACCUCUUCUCCAAGAAGUCUCCGGCGAGAUCUCCGGCCCGGACAGGGUCGGAAUCGACGCCGCGGCGGUUCUUCAAGCGGCCUUUCCCACCGCCGUCGCCAGCAAAGCACAUAAAGGCGGUGCUGGCGCGGCGGCAGGGGUCAGUGAAGCCGAACGAGGCGAGCAUACCGGAGGGAAGUGAGGCCGGCGGCGAUGACGGCGUGGCGGUUGCCCUGGACAAGAGCUUCGGGUUCUCGAAGCAUUUCAAGAACAAGUACGAACUUGGGAGUGAAGUUGGGCGAGGGCAUUUUGGGUACACUUGUUCUGCUAAGUUCAAGAAGGGAGACCUCAAGGGUCACCAGGUUGCUGUCAAGGUUAUCCCCAAAGCUAAGAUGACAACUGCAAUUGCUAUUGAGGAUGUGAGAAGGGAAGUGAAAAUAUUGAGAGCUUUGACGGGACAUAAGAAUCUAGUACAGUUCUAUGAUGCAUAUGAAGAUCACGAUAAUGUCUAUAUAGUAAUGGAAUUGUGUGAAGGAGGUGAGCUGUUGGAUAGAAUACUAUCAAGAGGAGGGAAAUACACCGAAGAAGAUGCAAAAGCUGUCCUCACGCAAAUUCUGAAUGUUGUUGCAUUUUGCCAUAUGCAGGGUGUUGUGCACCGUGAUCUUAAACCCGAGAACUUCUUGUUCGCAUCCAAAGAUGAGAACUCAGAGCUGAAGGCCAUAGACUUUGGGUUGUCGGAUUUCGUUAAACCAGAUGAAAGGCUUAAUGAUAUUGUUGGUAGUGCAUACUAUGUGGCUCCUGAAGUUCUACAUAGAGCUUACAGUACUGAGGCCGACAUCUGGAGUAUUGGUGUAAUCGCGUAUAUUUUAUUAUGUGGCAGCCGUCCGUUUUGGGCACGGACUGAAUCAGGGAUAUUUCGUGCUGUAUUGAAAGCCGAUCCAAGUUUCGAAGAACCUCCUUGGCCUUCUCUGUCGGACGAAGCAAAGGAUUUCGUAAAGCGACUACUAAAUAAAGAUCCAAGGAAAAGAAUGACUGCAGCACAAGCAUUAUGCCAUCCAUGGAUUAAAAAUUAUAAGGAUGUGAAAGCACCCCUCGAUAUUCUAAUGUUCAAGCUCAUGAAGUCAUACAUGCGCUCCUCGUCUUUACGAAAAGCAGCUUUAAGGGCUCUGUCGAAGACGUUAGCUGUUGACGAGCUGUACUAUUUGAAAGAGCAGUUUGCACUUUUAGAACCAAACAAAAAUGGCACCAUUAGCUUAGAAAAUAUCAAAGCGGCCUUGAUGAAGAAUGCAACUGAUGCUAUGAAGGAGUCGCGCAUUCCUGAUUUUUUGGGAUCGCUUAAUGCAUUGCAGUUUAGAAGGAUGGAUUUUGACGAGUUCUGUGCAGCAACUCUUAGUGUUCAUCAACUUGAAGCGCUCGACCGGUGGGAGCAACAUGCUCGCUGCGCCUAUGAGCUUUUUGAAAAGGAUGGAAACAGGUCCAUAGUCAUUGAGGAGCUAGCUUCGGAGCUAGGACUUGGUCCAUCUGUUCCUGUUCACGCAGUUCUCCAUGACUGGAUUAGGCACACUGAUGGAAAACUAAGCUUCCUUGGGUUUGUCAAAUUGCUGCAUGGUCCGUCUCGUAGUCUCGCCAAACCUCAAUAGAAUGAGACCCAAGAGCUUGCGUGUGUUCACCAACCAUGAUGCAUGAUGGAUCUGGUCAAUCAAAAGAAGAAAGAAAGAAAAAAAAAAGAAAAACUAUAUGCUGGUCAAAGCAUCAUCAUCACAUGAAAGAAUAUUUGCUACUUCAACAUUAUAUUUUGCUUAGAAGAAAUCAUCGAAUUGGUGUUUUACAAUCCUUUUUCUUAGGCUAAAUAUCUUGUCCACAUGGAGCAGGAAUCAUAGCCUGCUCCCACAGGCAUUUGUAAUUGUAAUUGUAAUUGUCCACUGUAAAGCUGUAGUGUGUUAAAGUUUCUAGUUUAUAAUAUCUUUUGUGAUUAUUACGGGGAAUGCUAUGGUGUAGAUUGUGAAAAAAUCUAAACCUGUGGACACUGCGAGGAUAGAUUUCCUCGAUGACACCUAUUGCCUAGUUGUUUUUGUCCAUUCACGUGAGUCAAGUACGAUAUCGGCACCAACUGCAAUUGCAGGGAUCUAUACCCAUUAAA